GCUACAUGUCAGAGGGACAGUCACCAUGUCUAGUACUGACCACGUUGGACUGACCCACUGUAAGUUUCUCUUGGUGUUCGCAGUCGUCAUGGAUCUCUUCGGUGUUUCUAUCCUCUUGAUCGGCAUCUUCGUCCCGCUUGAAAUUGGUGGUCGUGACUUUGGUGAUCUGUUGGUGUAUUCUGGAGCUCUGCUGGUGUUGAUGUCUAUGGGGGCUUGGGUCAUGUGGUACAGUGGGAAUAUUGAUGGUUUAAUAUCAGAGAAGGAGCUGACAGACAAACACACUGCUGUGGACCGGUUCGCUCGCAGCCUUAGUCGCCGCAUACGGAGACCCCACCGCAUCCACCACACAUCCUGACCUCUCUGACCCCUGGGCAUGGCAGAGAGCACAUACACAGGGCUGGGAUACCAACAUUUAGGCUAAAAUCUCAGUUGGAAGAUGAGGAAAAUAAUCUGAAGGUUUACGGAUUUGUUACAAUGUGGUGUUUACUAUUACAAUUACUACUACUGUAUUACAGUAUUUUAUAGCACCUGUGCUGUAGUGCAACUCUCAAUGUAGAAAAAAAUGAUGGAAAGGUUUAUAUUUUUGUAUACUAUUUAGGACAUUGAAAACGGUUUCUACUGUUUUUCUGUUUCAACUGUAUUUCUUUUUUUUUUGCUGUAAAACUUUUAAUACAUCUUCUUGUGAACAAAACAUGAAAUUUGAUCAAAUUCAAAACACUGAUAAAAAUUAAAUACAUUAAAAUUCUA